CACCACACUCAACAAAGUGUCGACAAGAUGAAAGACAAACGCGCGCUGCUCUUGCCGCGGUCGCGCGACCGACAGUCCCUCUCUUGCCACCGCCGCGAGCGUAAGCAGCGGUGAGCAGCCGCCCAGUAUCAGGUGAAAAAUCUAAUCCCAGCCAUGGCGCCGACCCUGCCGGCUGCGUUGGUGGUCUUGCUGGCCUUGUGCGCCGCCCCCGGGCGCUGCUCCAAGCCGGACGACCCGCACUAUACGGCCGCCGUGGUGGACUUCGCGGCCCCCGCCAUGACGGGGAAGACCGCCCUGGAGAACAUCAUGGCCAACAUCGACGCGAUGGGCAUGUUGACGCAGCAGGCCGCCGAGCAGGGUGCGGACAUCAUCGUGUUCGCCGAGGACGGCCUGCAAGGCUUAGGUAACGAGCGCCUGCCGAUGGCCGUGCAGGAGAACAGCACGCCGUGUGACUGGACCGAUGGCCACGACCAGCCCCUCCACGAUCUGUCGUGCCUGGCCAAGAAGAACAACAUCUACCUGGUCGUCAACCUGGUGGACAAGCAGCCGUGCGCCGCCGGGGACGCCAAGUGCAUCGCGAAGGGCUCCUACAACUACAACACCAACGUGGUCUUCGACCGCAGUGGGCAGAUCAUAGCCAAGUACCACAAGUACAACCUCUUCGGCGAGAGAUCCAACGACGUGCCCCCCGCCGUGGAGUACAUCGAGUUCGACACCGACUUCGGCGUCCGCUUCGGCAUGUUCAUCUGCUUCGACAUCCUGUUUGACAAGCCUUCGGCGGAGCUCGUCCGCGAGCGCAAAAUCACCGACAUCGUCUACAGCGCCGCCUGGUUCUCCGAGGUGCCGUUCCUGACGGCGGUCCAGGCGCACUCUGGGUGGGCGCACGCCCUUGACGCGACCGUACUGGCCUCCGGCUACAACAACCCCUCGGGGGGCAGCACGGGCAGCGGCAUCUACCGCGGCCGCCAGGGCAUCCUCAAGUACACCAUGAACUGGCGCAAGCAGCACAAGCUACUCGUCAGCCAGGUGCCCAAGCACGGCCACUGGGAGGACUACGCCAUGCGGCCGCAGCCCCUCCCGGAGCGCAUCGACCCCGUGCAAAACUACGGCGCGGGCGACACCGACCCCUACGAGGAGAUGAAGGCCCUCAGGAUGAUCCAGGACAACCUGACCAUGUACAAGUCCGUUGAACUCGAGCGCCCGGCCCAGGACAAAGAAGUCCAAUCUAUCGGAAAGAUCUGCGACAAUGGCUUUUGCUGCACAUACGCUGUUACAACUAGGGGGGUGAAACUGUUCCAGACGACGAGCGCAGCCGUGAGCCUGCACGGGGGCCACUCGCGGCCUCGCGACGCGCCCACCUUCAACAAGGAGGAGGCGGAGCAGGACUUCGACGGCUUCUACUACCGUGUCGUGGCGUUCGACGGCGUCCGCGACCACUCCAAGGUGGCCACGACUGGCGUGCAAGUGUGCGGGAUCAUCUCGUGCUUGAGCAACGACAUUCACUCCUGUGGCUGGCUCGCCCCCGGGCUCGACUCUCCCACCAUCAAGUGGACCGAGUUCCAGUCCAUCAGACUCAUGGCAAGCUACCAAGACAAGGACACCCUGCAGUUCGCGUCCACGCUGGCCGGGCCGCGCUACGAUCCCCUGCCCGCCAAUGUGUACUCCUUCCAGAGCGAGCUCGCCGCGGACACCGGCAUGCGGAAGGUGACCCUCUCACUGAAGCAACCGCAGCCUCUCCUCGACCUGCGCACCUUCACCAUCUACGGCCGCAACUUCGCACGAGACGGCCAACGACCUACAGGCUCAUAAAAAAAAACACACACACAAAAAAAAACAAUUUCACUCACAUUAUUGAAUAAAAUACCAAAAUGAGAGGAUGAAAAUUGUCAUCCUACAAACACAAACAAUUUUUUGUAUUUGAUUGAGAUAGUUUAAUUCAUCACAGGCAAACAACUGAUACUAGCAUGAUUCUGGAAGUAUCAGCAUACACAAAGAUAUUAAAUAUCAAUAUAUAAGGUAGCUGACACACAUACCUCCUAUAAGAUAAACUUCAUAAAGAACAAUCCUUUUUAAGAAACAGCUUGGAUCUGGGACGGUGGAAUAACCAAUUGUUGCUUUUGGUUUGUUUAAACUUUCUACAAAAUGAAGGAGGGGAUUUUGACAGCCUCAAAGUCAUAAAUAAAACACAGCACAUCAGUA